ACGAGCACUCGUAUCGACCGUACGCAUUCGCGUGAGAAGUAUGUUCGCUCAAAAGCCGAGUAUGCCCGUUCCACAACGCUAGCGGUACAGCAAUGGGCCAGUCACGAUACUUAUGCACAGUAAACAUGUAGUACAGUCACGCGAGCAAUUGGUCUAACAUCACCACGCGAGGGUACACAGCAUGAUCACCUCCAGUGUACAAGAGCUCUAGCCCACAAACAUGCAAUAUAUCAGUAAACGUAGUCGAAGUGGGGGCUCAACCGACUCCAUCACACACCCAACAUGAAGUUUCCUACAUUUCUCACAGCGCUUACUACGGCACUCGCCGCUACUGAACAACCCCAAGUGGAUCUUGGCUAUGAUGUAUACAAAGGCGUUAAGAACGAAUUAACGGGUCUUAACACAUUCAAAGGCAUCCGUUUCGCCGCUCCACCCACAGGCUCACUGCGCUGGCAGCCACCCCGAACACCCGACGUGAACCGCACGUCCACCGUCCCAGCAACAUCUUUUGGUGCUGCAUGCCCUCAGAGUCUGAGGUCUGGACUGCGAUUUCGCGUAACACCCUCACCUAUCGACGAAGACUGCCUUUUUCUCAACGUGUAUGCACCGACGAAUGCGAGUGAUCUUCCGGUGCUCGUUUGGAUACAUGGCGGUGGCUACGGGGUCGGAGAUGGUCGAGAGGAUAUGAGCAAGCUCAUCAAUGCUAACAACAACAGCUUCGUUGGUGUGAGCAUACAAUACCGUCUUGGUGCUUUUGGCUUCCUUGCUGGAGAUGAAGUUUUUCGCCAUGGAGUCGUUAAUGCUGGCCUCCUGGACCAGCAGUUCGCCCUUCAAUGGAUACAGCAGCACAUUCAUGGCUUCGGUGGAGAUGCGAGGAAUGUCACAAUAUGGGGUACAUCGGCAGGAGGUGGCUCUGUCAUGUUGCAUAACAUCGCCUAUGGAGGCACUCAGGGCACCUCACUCUUCACCAACUCAAUAUCUGUGUCCCCGUUUCUGCCCCAGCAGUAUGGCUACGCAGAUUGGAUACCAUCACAGUCGUACUACGCCUUCGCUGCACAAGCUGGCUGCUUCACUCCGUCAGCAUACGGUAACAAUUCGCAAUCCAUAUUCCAAUGCCUCGUAUCGAAAGACACAAAGACCUUGCAGGACGCUUCAGGAACCAUCUCCAAGUCAGGAAGACAUGGCACCUGGGCCUUCCUCCCAGUCACAGAUGGCAUCUACAUCCAAUCCACACCCAGCUCCGCACUGCACGCCGGAAAGCUUAAUGGCCUCACUCACCUAACCAGCAACGCUGCCGAAGAGGGUCCCGCAUACGUCCCCCAAAGUAUCACCACUCAGACCUCCCUCGACGCCUGGAAAUCCCUCGUCUUUCCGCUCUUCACCCCCACCGACCUCGCCCUGCUAGCCCAGCACUACCCCACCUCCCCGCCGAUCUCAAGAUACCCCACCCCAGGCACCUCUCAUCCCACGGCCCUCGACACAAGCGCCACCGCCUCCGGGCAUCAGCAAACCGCGAAUCUAAUCUACGCCGAGUCAACGUUCAUCUGCUCCAGCCACUGGCUCGCGCACGCCUACACCACUUACCGCGCCGGCGGCUACAAGUUCCAGGUCUCGACGCCGGUAGCGCUGCACGGCGUCGACGAUACCGCGGUGUUCGACAAUAAGCCCUCGCCGAUCUAUGGGCGCGCGUAUGUGCGCGCCGUGCAGCGGCUGUGGGGCGCGUUCGUUACGUCGGGAUCUCCAGCGCUGAGUGCGAAUGGGGAGCUGGAGGGGUGGGGCGCGUUCACUUAUGGAGAUCCGGUGAUGGCGAAUUGGAAUCAGUCGGGGGGCGUGCUGGGGCCGGCCGACACGGUGCUGAUUCCGGCGCUGGAGGGACUGAAUGCGACGUGGUCUGUGGAGCCCGGGCUGGAGACGGAUUUCAGUGUUGUAGAUGGGAAUGCGUGGGAGGGUGGGCGAGGCGCGCGAUGUGAGUUCUGGCGUAGUGUGGCGGCGCGCGUGCCGAUGUAGUGAUGCGGAGAGCGGUGGUUCGUGUUUUGUAAGGCCGGCGAUAUAAGGACUGUCUUUAAAGUAGUGAGCAAUGGAGUAUGUAGACGUUAGCAGGGCCGGGCUUGAAAUGUACUGAUGGCUUGUA